GGCCUGGAACGGCUGCAGAGGGUGCAGGCUGAAGUGGUGGAUGCUCUACGGGAACUUCAAAGGGUCAAGAAGUGCUACCACGACUUCAGUCACAUUGCCAGUAUUGCACGUGAGAAAACUGCAGAUGCACAGGCCAGAGCUAGAAAAAGUGAACAUGGAAUUUUUCACUUUAAAACAGGACUCCAUAAAACGACCACAAAGGUGACCAGAGACAGAAAUGUUCAGCAGUUUCUCCAAGAUUCGGUAUCGUUCAGCAAAACCCCUGAAUUUACCUUCCAGCCUGCUCUGCGUGACAAGGUGUCAGUUCUGCAGGAAGUUUGUGGUUCAGAAGAAGAGGGCUGCCUGCUGAAGGAGGCUAAGAAAUGGACUGCCAAGGUGGCUAAAGACCACAAGAUCAUUGCCCACGGAGAGAGGGCUCUACAGAUGUUAGAGAGCCGACUGAAGCUCCUAUCCGGGGAGACGGCGCUCAGUGUGGAGCAGAAGAUAGCAGAGGUACAGGAGAGCGUCAGGAAAGCCAAGCUGAACAGGGCGAAGGCCGAGGCUCGCCUGGCCCUGCUGUCAGAGAGCACACCAGGAACAGAACAAUGGCUUCACGCUGCCAUGAACCAGGUGGAAGAGGAGUUGGAGAGAGAGCGACAUCUCAGCGAACAGAGGAAGUCUACUGAAGACUUUUCAGAGGAUGAGUUUGAGCUGACUGACUUUGAGGACUACGAUGAUAAUGGAGAGAUCUUCACAGAUCCAGUGUCAGCAUCUGGAGUGUGUGUUUACCCUGCAGCCUGCAGAGGUAUUUACAGCUAUCAGGCUAGCCAAUCAGAUGAGCUGUCAAUCAUGGAAGGGGAGGAGCUUCAAGUAAUCGAGGAUGGAGAUAUGGAGGACUGGCUGAAGGUGUGUAACUCGUGUGGUCAGGUGGGCUACGUCCCUGAGCGGUAUGUGCAGCUCCUGUGUCUGCCAGCAGAGGACAGCACUCCGCUGGAAAGCUCAUUCAGCUCCACCUCCUCCACUGUGACUAAAGAGACGCCAGGGAGUAGAGGUGUAGCCAGGGCUCUGUACUCCUACCAGGCUCAGAGCGCAGAGGAGCUUUCCUUCCAAGAGGGGGCGCUAAUACACCUGAUACGCCGUCCACGUGGAGAGGUUGAUGAUGGUUUUUGGGAGGGAGAGCUGAACGGACACGUCGGCGUCUUCCCAUCGCUGAUGGUAGAGCUUGUUCACAAUGAAGAGGAGGAUGAGGAAGAAAAAGGGGAGAUGGAGCCUCUUCCAACCCCAACCAUGCCCCCUUUCUCCCCUCCCAUCCCCACACCCUCAGCUCCUAGCUGUAAUUCAGAACUGAGCGCUGCUUCUCCGAGCAGUAUGGAGGACAAACAGCAGGCUGCUCUAAUGGAGGGAUCAAAGCUGGCAGGCAACAGACCGGAGGCUGGAACCAGCAGCCACAGCUCUCCUGAGCACUCCAGCACUCCACUGAGACCAUGUCGAGCACCUCCUCCACCUCCAACACAGAAGACUUCAUCUCAGGCUUGAGACAGACUGGAGUCGUAGCUGUCUUGUUACAGCCAAAACAUUGCUGAUUUGUGCCAUUUAUGUAUCGUCAGGUGGUUUUCUUGGUCAUGUGAGGCGUCACACAAGUACAGUAGUUGCAAUCUGUGUGUGUAUCACCGCUCUGUUCAUCGUCGCUUUUGCAGGAACAACAGGUUAUCAAGAAAACAUGGCAGCUUAGAUCCAGAGCAUUGUUUUUAGUACUUGACCUUUUAAAGACUGCCAAAGCACUGUUACAAGGAAUAUCAAAAUGCCAAUUUUAUUAAUACAACUUGUAAAAAUAAGAAAUUGCACAUGCAAUACGACUUUGAACCACAAGAUAGUCCAGCGAGUCUGUCCUGAAUCCAAAAUGAGACAUUCCUAUAUGAGUAUUACUAAAGCUACAGCUAGAUCAGCAGUCAGGAUUACAAUAUGUCCCCACUUGUUUGGGCAGCUAGAAGAGCAAAGAAGCAUUACAAAGUCAUUUAUAUGUAAAGAAUGUAAUAUUGACAUGAAACUUUUACAAAAAGUAUCUUUUUAAAGCGGCAUUGUAAAAACAACCUUAAUUGAUUGCAGUCGUGUGAAAAAGAAAGUUUUCACAGCACUCCAUACACUUCUGUGAAAGCUUAUAUAGCACUACUUUUUAAAUAGGAAUUAACAAGUUACAUGACAGCCAACUGUUGAUAAUCAAAUGCACUUGAUUAACAUAAAGAAGAGGUUUUGGCAGUUUGCUGGUCGGGAGCAUGGAGGUGUGCAAACUCACUCCAAGUUCAGACUUUGCAAUUGUCAGAGAAUUGCAAAACACCCGAGCGCUACAUCUUACACUUCAGACCCCAGUAAGUAUGUUAAAUAUUAAAGUCGAAUGUGCACAAACUCCAACUAAUCGAAGCAACACUGUAAAGAAGAGCGGGCUAAAACUCCUGCACAAUGUGUGAUUCAUAAAGAAAUACAGAAAGUUGUUGUUGCUAAAGGUGGCUCUGCAGCUAUGCAGCCCUUCCAAAAUGCAACCCUUCCUUCCCACAUGACUACACAAUCAUGUGUUAAACUUGGACCUCUCAAGUUUUAGUGUAGCAAUCACUAACAAACACAGUUCAGACGUAACAUUAGGUAUUUGUUUUAUUUUCAUGAAGUCUAACAUUAGCUAGCAUACAUGCUAUUCUAAACGGCAACAGUUAAGCUAGUUAGCAUGUCGAAGGCUAACAUAUGAUCUACUUGUUUACCCUUAUAUUAUGAUAUUAUAAUAACAAGGCUAGUGUCAUAAUUAAACAAUUUGCUUUUGGAUUUUUGAAAUAUCCUCUUCUAUAUAAUUGUUUUUGUACUGUAAGUCAUUGUUGUGGAAUAAAUUAAGUUAUUAAAUUUGGAGUUUGUUUGGUUAUUUAUGUAAGUCAUUACCACCUGAAUCACGUGGCUCUUGUGGCAUUAUCUAAUAAGGAAAAAAGACACACUCAGAGCUUUCAGAAGCACAGACCAGAGUUUUGUUUUGUUUUUUAUUGCAUCAGAAUAUAUUAUAAUCCAUCUGCUUAUUUACAUUUUCUUUAGUGUUUGUAUAAUAUUUUACAAAUAUUCCAAGCUCAUCACAAGAAACAUCUCUCAAACACUCACACUCCAGGAUUGAUCAAGCUAAUUAUAGUAGUUAUUUUUGUUUGCUUGCUUAUUUAUUUCAGGUUUUGCAGCUUUCAGUGGCGCUUCAGUAGCAGCACGAGUUCUUAUCUCAAUGAACCACACAAAUUCCAAGAACUGGUUUUAUCUUGUCAGCCUGAAGCAGAAGAAAAAAAUGCAACUAAAGUGAAAACCAGAUGACGAGUCACGUGACUUUACAUACUUUUUCUACUAACAAAUAUCACGUUUGUUUGUCAGUAUAGCAUCAGUUCCUCACACGCGGACAGUACAGGUGAUAUGUGAAGUAUAGACCUGCCUUUACUCUGGUUUUAACUUCGAUCAGUUAAUACAUAAUCUGACCUCUGCAUAAAAACACAGCACUGUCCAUGAGGUCAACUUUUAUAUUUAAAGAAAAGAAAUCUGUGAAAUUCAUUGCAAUUGAAGCUAGGAAUGAGAUAUCUUAGCAACAAAUGUUUCUGAAUAACUCGAUGCGAUGCUGCAAUCCAGUAAACUUGACUCAUGAUUUAAGUUGAAUUCAUUAACCUGUAGAAAACAGACAGACUGAUCUAAUCAUGGUUAACCAGGAACAUAGUAUCAGUGUUUAAAUCAUCGGCUUCAUUUUGACCGAAUACAAUUAUGUGAAUGAAAAUCCAGCGUUACAUGGAAUCAUAUUGUUAUCAUCACCACAAAAAGAAUAGGUCUUAAAUCAUGGGCUCCAUAUUUUUUUAUAAUCCAGUCACUAUACUGUAUUUGAGCUUUAUUUUUAAUUGUACUUAGUCUAAGUGGAAAUUUUGAUAUGUUAGAGGUAAUUAAGAAUGUCAAGUUUUCACUUCAAGUGUAAAAAUAAAAAAUAAAAUGGAACAUUAGUGAAUCAUCUGCACUGAACUAUACUUUUUAUUAACCUCUGUCUCUCUUCCACAGCAUGUCUUUAUCCUGUCUUCCUUCUCUCACCCCAACCAAUCACAGCAGA